AUGAGGGACGACAUCAUAGGUCGAGGAGCUCGUAGUAAACAUCUGAGACCGUCCCCAGGACAGUCGCCAAGGAUCAAACUUUUAUCAUUCCCGCCGCUGGGGCGUAUGUGCGGCGUCCGACUACCACAACACCGGCUCUCGGUUGCCGCCUUCUGCCGUGUCAGGCGUCUCCGCGCCGCGCCUUCACGGCUUUGUCUCUUCCGCGGCUGCCACCGCCUGCCUUGUUAUGCCGGCCGCUCCGUGGCUCUGCUGACGACGGCGCCUGUCCCGCCCACCCCGCCCAACUGCACCCCCGCCCACCUCGCCCACCCCGCCCAACUGCACACCCCGCCCACCUCUCCCAACCACCCCACCCCACCCGCCCAAUUGCCCAUCCCGCCUGCCCUGCCCCGCCGAUUCGUCCACCCCAUCCCAGCCGCCCCGACUGACCCGCAAGCUACUCCGGGCGUCCGCUCCGUGCGCGCCCUCGCCCAGUUGGUAUUUUUUCGGCUUAGAUCUACAGACCUUUUUGAAGUGGGUGUCACGCGGGUCCGGCCCCUGCGCGCGGCUGCAGAAAGCACACAAGCUGAGUGGGUGGGAGCCGCGCUCGUGCGGAGCAGAGGCCUGAAGCCUUGCGGGCUGGGCGGGCCGAGCAGGGCGGGUAGGGCGGUACGGAGGCCGGAGGUCGGCGGCGGAAAGGCGGCGGGCCGGCGAGCCGCGGCAGGUGGGCGAGCAUCUGGCGCGCAGGCGGGACAGGAGCGCCUGAAGUCUUGCGGGCGGCGGGGCUGUUGGCGAAGGCGGCAGGCGCGGGUGACGGCGGCGGCUAGGCAGACAGGGCAGGGCAACCCGGCGGAAGCAGCGGCGGACGGGCGAACGGGCAGGGGGACUGGCGGGCGCGGGCGGGAGCGAGCUGGCGCGCGCGGCGGGCAGAGGCCUGAAGACUUGCGACCGGCGGUGGUUUGA